AUGAUCGGUAGUAACUGGAGGCGCGAACGCGAAAGUAAAAGUCGAUGUGGUUUCGUAUCUUGGCUUAUAUUCCUGCUCUGCCUGGGCUUCGCAAAUGCGCAAUUGGAGCUCAAUGAUUUGGAAAGCAAUGUUACUUUAGGAGGUGGCAAGUUUGGCUGGCCUUUUGGUCUCUGGAGUCCCAAGCACUCUCCGCACCAAAGUCUUAAGCUCAAGGACGACUAUAGAGAUGUGGACCUGGCGAAUUAUGGAGACUUUGAGCGUCAUCCGUGUCGUCGCGUUUGCCAACAGGGCCAAUCCCAAAGCUGUUACUAUCAACUGGUGGUGCAUAACUAUCGCAGAUUGGGUCCUGAGUGCCAGCGUUGUCAGUAUGAUGAACGGGCGUGCGCCGGGGAGCGUUGCAUUUAUGGCGAUGGUGUUCCCAGUCCCAUAAUGGCCGUAAAUCGCCAGGUGCCAGGGCCUCCCAUAGAGCUCUGUGAGAACGAUACGAUGAUAGUGGAUGUGUUGAACUAUUUGGGCGAGGCAACCACCAUUCAUUGGCAUGGCAUCCAUAUGUCGCGCACGCCUGAGCUCGACGGCGCCCCAUUCGUCACGCAGUACCCGGUGCAGCCCGGAGAGGUCUAUCGGUAUGAGUUCAAGGUGGAUCGCAGCGGUUCCCUGUGGUAUCACAGCCAUGUGGGCUGGCAACGCGGACUGGGCUUGGCCGGCAAUCUAAUAGUUAGGCAGUCGCGUCAGGCCAAUCUUCAUGCCCAGCUCUACGACUACGAUCUGAUCGAGCAUGCUCUGAUGGUGCAGGAUAUACUCUACGACUACAACUUUCAACAGGUGCGGAAUAUCCUGAUCAACGGCAAAGGACGCAACCAUCUCAACCAACUGCCGGACACAGACAAUCGACAUCGGUACGAGCGCUUGCGUGUCACUCCCGGCUACAGAUACCGGAUGCGUGUGAUCAGCAAUGGAGUCUUCAAUUGCCCCGUCGAAUUCUCAGUUGAGGGGCACAAGCUGCUCAUCAUUAGCACUGAUGGCAACGAUAUAGAGCCCGUACUGGCUGAUGGAUUUUUCUUAACUUCGUCCGAACGUUUCGAUUUCGUGCUGGAAGCCAACCAAUAUGCCAAGAAUUAUUGGAUACGUGUGCGUGGUUUCGAGGACUGUGCCGAACGCAAUUUAUAUCAGGGUGCUGUUCUGAGCUAUAGAGGUGCGGCCCGAACUGAGUUACCAGUGGGACCCAUAGCUGGAAAUUCCCGAGAGCGCCGUCAGCACACCACAGAAGAAGAAGAAGAGGAUGAGCCCCCAUUUUUUAUCAACGAUUGUCGUUUUGCGCCAUCAAACGUUUCAAACUUGCUCCAGACUCCUGCCGAAAAGGACACUAAUGUGGGUACUGUGGCUCUACGCUCCCUGGAACCUGUACCGUGGCCCCGCUACACCAAAUUUCUCACCUACUACUCUAGUUUUGGCUUCCGCAUGGCGCCCAAUGGGGAACAACUGUUCCAAAUCGACGACAUUAGCUAUAAUCCUCCAACUAUUUCGCUGCUCCAGGGCCGUCAACUCUAUAAGGAUGAUACAUAUUUCUGCAAUCGCAGCUCCCUGGCUGCCCAAGGACGUAACUGUGAGCGGGAACUGUGCGAGUGUCUGAAUGUCAUACGUCUGCCCGCUUUUAGACCCAUCGAAAUGGUCAUCGUUAACUAUAUGGAUCAAACCCAUCCACUGCACAUACACGGCUAUACCUUUCGACUUGUUGGUCAGGGCGUUUUGGGAAAUUUAAGCGACUUGCGAAAUGUGCGCGAAUUGGAUCGCCGUGGACGCCUGCCACGCUUGUCGGACGACUUUGCAGCUGUGGCGAAGGAUACUGUCCAGCUUCCCGCAAUGGGUUACGUGAUAGUGCGCUUCAUAACAGAUAAUCCCGGCUUCUGGUUCUAUCAUUGCCACAUUGAGUCGCAUGCCGUUCAAGGCAUGGUAGCUGUUCUUAAGGUCGGAGAGGAUUAUCAAAUGAAACGAAUACCGGCGCGUGUACGUUGCUGA